CGCCUUGACGUAGUUGUUAAUGAGCUGGCGGCUUGGCUCAACUCCAGCAAUUUUAAGGUGGCAUUGCUUGGCUUAGAUGUUUUAGGUGCCUUUGUCGACAGACUAUCAGGACGCUUUAAAUCCUAUAUAGGAACUGUUCUUCUACCUUUGAUAGAUCGGAUGGGAGAUGCCAAAGACCAAGUUCGAGAGCAAGCCCAGAAUCUCAUAUUGAAAUUAAUGGACCAGACAGCAUCACCAAUGUACAUUUGGGAACGCCUUGCUGUUGGUUUUAAACACAAGAAUAACCGAUCCCGAGAGGGAGUGUGCUUGUGUCUCAUUGCAACCUUGAACGCUUAUGGUGCACAAUCGUUAAUCCUCAACAAAUUGGUUCCACACUUAUGCAUCUUGUUUGGAGACUCCAAUAGUCCGGUGAGAGAUGCUGCAUUAUUGGCAAUUGUGGAGAUUUAUAGACAUGUAGGGGAGAGAGUACGAGUAGACCUCAACAAAAGGGGAAUUCCCUCUGCAAGGUUACAAGUGAUCUUUGCAAAAUUUGAUGAAGUGAGAAACUCUGGAAAUAUGAUGAUUAGUACCAGUGAUAAAAGCUUUGAUGAUGAAGAGUCAGUGGAUGGAAAUAGGCCAUCGUCAGCUGCUUCAGCCUUCAAGGUUCCUGCACCUAAGAAGCCUGGAAAUCCUACAAACAGUGCAAGAAAACCAGGCUCAGCUGGUGGGCCAAAGGUUGGAGGUGCAUCCAAAGAUGGAGGAGCUGGAGCUGUUGAUGAGGAUGAUUUUAUUAAGGCAUUUACAGAUGUACCUACAGUACAGAUCUAUUCCAGUCGAGAACUUGAAGAAACGUUAAACAAAAUCAGGGAAAUUCUCUCAGAUGACAAGCAUGACUGGGAUCAACGAACCAUUGCACUUAAGAAAGUGCGGUCACUGCUUGUUGCUGGAGCUGCACAGUAUGACGGCUUUUUCCAGCAUUUACGAUUGUUGGAUGGUGCUUUUAAACUGUCAGCUAAGGAUCUCAGAUCGCAAGUUGUUAGAGAAGCGUGCAUUACCGUAGCCCAUCUUUCAACAGUUUUGGGAAACAAGUUUGACCAUGGCGCUGAAGCCAUUGUGCCUACUCUUUUUAAUCUGGUCCCCAACAGCGCCAAAGUCAUGGCAACUUCUGGGUGUGCAGCAAUCAGAUUCAUUAUUCGUCAUACCCAUGUGCCUAGACUCAUACCUUUAAUAACAAGUAACUGCACUUCAAAAUCAGUUGCUGUUAGAAGGCGCUCUUUUGAAUUUUUAGACCUGUUAUUGCAAGAGUGGCAAACACAUUCUUUGGAAAGGCAUGCAGCUGUCUUGGUUGAAACGAUCAAGAAGGGAAUCCAUGAUGCUGAUGCUGAGGCACGAGUGGAGGCAAGAAAAGCUUAUCUAGGUCUUAGAAAUCACUUCCCUAGUGAAGCAGAAGCUCUGUACAAUUCCCUUGAGCCAUCCUAUCAGAGAAGUCUACAGACUUACUUGAAGAAUUCUGGCAGCAUAGCAUCUCUUCCUCAAUCAGACAGGUCAUCCUCCAGCUCACAGGAGAGCCUCAAUCGCCCUCUGCCCUCUAAAUGGUCUACAGCCAGCCCAGCAAGUAUAGCCAGUAGAGUUUCAGGAAGUAGCAGCAAGACUGCCCCAAGUCCAGGAGCACUGCAGAGGUCACGCAGCGACAUCGAUGUUAAUGCUGCUGCAGGUGCAAAGGCACGGCAUGCUGCUGGACAGUCAUCAGGGGCUGGGCGUUUGUCUGCAGCUGGUCUGCCUCCAGGGUCAUAUGCUUCACUAGAGGAUACUUCUGACAAGAUGGAUGGAACAGCUUCUGAAGAUGGACGUGUACGAACAAAGCUUUCAACACCCUCUGUUGGUAUUGGAAACUCAAAAACAGAUUCCAGAGGACGUAGUAGAACAAAAGUGGUGUCUCAGUCGCAGCGUUCGUCAUCGCCAGACAAAAAUGAAGCUGGUAGCCGAUCUGGAUCUCCUGGAAGAGUUUUGACGACAACCACACUCUCCACUAUGAAUACAGGGGUUCAGAGAGUGUUAAUCAAUCCUGCAACAGCUCAGAAACGUAGCAAGAUCCCACGAAGCCAAGGAUGCAGUAGAGAAGCUAGUCCUUCUCGAUUGUCAGUAGCACGAGGCAGCCGCAUUCCUCGACCUAGUGUGAGUCAGGGGUGCAGUCGGGAGGCCAGCCGUGAAAGUAGCAGGGACACGAGCCCUGUCCGCUCUUUUCCACCCCUUGGUACAGGUUUUGGGAUCAGCCAGUCAAGUAGAUUGUCAUCAUCGGUUAGUGCUAUGCGUGUUCUGAACACAGGUUCUGAUGUGGAAGAAGCAGUUGCAGAUGCAUUGCUCUUAGGAGACAUGCGGACUAAGAAAAAACCUGUACGAAGGAGGUAUGAAUCUUAUGGAAUGUACUCGGAUGAUGAUGCCAAUAGUGAUGCAUCCAGUGCCUGCUCAGAAAGAUCGUACAGCUCUCGGAAUGGCAGCAUUCCUACAUACAUGCGCCAAACAGAAGAUGUAGCAGAGGUCCUCAAUCGUUGUGCUAGCUCCAAUUGGUCAGAAAGAAAAGAAGGUCUUCUAGGUCUACAAAAUUUAUUAAAAAAUCAGAGGACUUUAAGUCGAGUUGAAUUGAAAAGAUUGUGUGAAAUCUUCACCAGGAUGUUUGCUGACCCUCACAGCAAGGUGUUCAGUAUGUUUUUGGAGACUUUGGUAGAUUUCAUCCAGGUCCAUAAAGAGGAUCUACAGGAUUGGUUGUUUGUAUUGCUGACACAGCUGCUGAAAAAAAUGGGUGCUGAUUUGCUUGGGUCUGUACAAGCAAAAGUUCAGAAGGCACUUGAUAUCACAAGAGAAUCUUUUCCAAAUGAUCUCCAAUUCAGUAUUUUAAUGAGAUUCACUGUUGACCAGACCCAGACACCAAGCUUGAAGACAGUCAAGCCAGCACUGCAGGACCAGCUUCGCUCUUUUUGGAGCUCAAAGGUAAAAGUUGCAAUUCUUAAAUACAUAGAGACACUUGCACAGCAGAUGGACCCAGGGGACUUUGUUAAUUCAAGUGAGACUCGGUUGGCAGUAUCUCGAAUCAUCACCUGGACCACAGAACCUAAAAGCUCAGAUGUUAGGAAGGCAGCACAGUCGGUGCUGAUUUCCCUAUUUGAACUUAACACUCCAGAGUUUACAAUGUUACUAGGUGCUUUACCAAAAACAUUUCAAGAUGGAGCCACAAAGCUUCUCCACAAUCAUCUCCGGAAUACAGGCAAUGGUGGCCAGGGGUCAGUGGGAAGCCCCUUAACAAGGCCUACUCCACGCUCACCAGCCAGCUGGUCCAGUCCUCUCACUUCCCCAACCAAUACAUCACAGAAUACUUUGUCACCAAGUGCAUUUGAUUAUGACACAGAAAACAUGAAUUCUGAAGACAUAUAUAGUUCUCUUCGUGGAGUUACUGAAGCCAUUCAAAACUUCAGUUUCCGUAGUCAAGAAGAUAUGAAUGAGCCUAUGAAACGGGAUUCCAAAAAAGACAAUGAUGGUGAUUCACUAUGCAGUGGUUCUGGAAUAGCGGAUCUGCGAGCAGGAAGUGGUUUUACUGAUACAGGCCGAACAGCUCUUGAUAACAAAACAUCAUUACUUAACACGAUGCCUCCUCACUCUUCACCACGUUCACGAGAUUAUAACCCGUAUAAUUAUUCAGAUAGCAUCAGUCCUUUUAAUAAAUCUGCUUUAAAAGAAGCCAUGUUUGAUGAUGAUGCAGAGCAGUUUCCUGAUGAGCCUCCCCUGGACCAUUCUGAUCUGGUUGCAGAGUUACUGAAGGAACUGUCAAACCAUAAUGAGAGAGUUGAAGAAAGAAAGGCUGCCCUCUACGAGCUUAUGAAAUUGACUCAAGAAGAGUCCUUUGGUGUUUGGGAUGAGCACUUCAAAACAAUACUACUCCUGUUACUUGAAACACUUGGGGACAAAGAGCAUGCAAUCAGAGCUUUAGCACUGAAAGUUUUAAGAGAAAUUCUAAGGAACCAACCAGCAAGAUUUAAAAAUUAUGCCGAGCUUACAAUCAUGAAGACUCUAGAAGCUCAUAAGGAUCCUCAUAAGGAGGUGGUGAGAUCUGCUGAAGAAGCUGCUUCAAUGCUAGCCACUUCCAUUAGCCCAGAUCAGUGCAUCAAAGUUCUUUGUCCCAUUAUCCAAACUGCAGAUUAUCCCAUCAAUUUGGCUGCAAUUAAAAUGCAGACAAAAGUAAUAGAAAGAGUAUCUAAAGAAACUCUAACUCAGCUUUUACCAGAGAUUGUGCCAGGUCUAAUACAGGGCUAUGAUAAUUCAGAGAGCAGUGUUCGUAAGGCUUGUGUUUUCUGCCUUGUAGCCAUCCAUGCAGUAAUUGGCGAUGAACUUAAACCACAUCUUAGUCAACUCACUGGCAGUAAAAUGAAAUUACUGAACCUUUACAUCAAACGUGCACAGACAGGCUCUGGAGCAGGUGAUACAGCAACAGACGUUUCUGGACAAAGCUAAUGAAUCUGGCGACAGUGAACCAGGUCUCCUAAAGAAAGGACAGACCCUCAUCAGUGAAAGGAAAAUUCUCACGUUCACCUUUUCAAACUCUUCUCGUUCUGUUUUGGGUUUUUUGUUUGUUUUUUGGGGAUUUUUUUCCUUUAACCGGAGGCUAACCUCAGCCUGCAUGUGACUGUUGCAGUAGAGUUAUUCCAAAACCAAGGAGAAACAGUAUUAAUAUCAGUUGAUAAAAGAAAUUAAUUAAAAAAAAAAAUCUAAUCCAUCACUUUUCCUGUUCACACUCCUCUGUGUCUUCCCAUUAACUUUUGCCAGUGUUAAAUUGUAUUUAAAAGAAUUUUAAAAAAUGCUAAUUAAACAGGAAUGCUUUAAGCUUUAAAAUUUAAAAAUCUAAAUUCCUUUGCUUUCAUUUGGCUGCAGAAUAACAUUUUUUAUUGUUCUUUUGUUUAAGUAUAUCAUGUUCUUUGCUAGAAACAAGAAAUGGUGCGAAACAAGGCAGGACCAGUCUGAACUGCAUCUAGACUCGGUCACUGUAUUGGUGGUACAUCAUCUUAUUUACAUCUUGUUUGGGAUACUACGGAGACUGAAAAUUAUACCUGUUUAAAAAAAAAAAAGCUGGAUUGAUCCUGUUCUGUAAAAGUGAUAUUGUUCAUUGGUUGUAUAUGUUUGUCCCAUAAAUAAGAAUUUAGAAUGAGCAGUAGGGGACUAGUACCACUAGUACCUCCUAAUGUGGAAGACAGCCUUUUCAGAGUACAGUGGUACAGAACUGGUGAUAGUGUGGCAGCCUGCUAUCUUGCAGCACAGUAAGCGAUCACUUGAUGGACAUGAACCAUCCUUGUCACCAUCACUUCUUCAAGCAGGAUGCCUUAGAAUGGAGUGCUCUGACCAAGCAUGCUCAGUACGUAUUUAUAUUUAUCACUAGACUGUUUCCUCUCAACCUAAUUGCUGGAAUCAGUAGUUUUGUAUCAUAAGUCACACUGGGGAUAUAUGACAGCAGUGCAGAGGAGUGUUUAUUGGUUAUCUUUCUAAAACAGUAAGAUUUUUCUGCACUGAAUUUUAGGGUGGGGGGAGAAUCACAAGCGCUAUGGAUCUUGCCACUCUUUAAUUUAAAAAAAAAAAAAAACAGUUUUGGAUGAGUUGGGAAAGCUACACCAAAUUAUUUGCAUGGUUUCCUUGAAUAGCAUUGUCAAGACCCAUCUGGAUUAAGCUGUGGAAAUGUUUUCAGGUUGUUUUUUGCAUUUUUUAUUUUGGUUUAUUGUGAAUAAUACUUCUUUGUAUUUAUGAACUUGAUAACGGAAAGAGAACAAAGAUCAAGUAAAUACCUGUCCCUAAAUGUCUUCUGUUUCUCAGAUGUGAUCAGUGAGCGACAAGCUACUUAUCUAAGAGAUGGGGUAAAACAGCACCCUUUCCAGGAAUGAUGGAAAUUAACGUUUUUUUGGGUUUUUUUACCAUUUCAUUGUCUAGUUUUAGGAAGUGUGUCCUGAUAAGAGAGAAAAUAGCAGUGCCAAGGAUGUUCUGUGCUAGGCUAAAAUUCUCUCUACCUCUUCAGGGUGAUUACUUUUGACUGAGCUGCUGCCCAUAGUGUCUUGUGGAAAAGCUGUCUAUGGAAAUCUUUUUUUUAAUUAUUUUUCAGAUUAUCAUUUGUUACUGUGUAUUCAAAGCCGUAUUCUACAACACAUAGGCAAAUAUCAUGACAAACUGCUAAUGCACUGUACUUACUAGUUACCCUGAAUCACAAAAUUGAAUAACAGUAGAGCUGAAUACUUGCAAUUGCAUACAUUGACAGGUCAUUUUCACUUUGAUUUGAAGUGAAUUUGAUAAAGAGGAGACAUGGUUGUUAAGCAAUUUGCUGUUGUUGCAGAGAUCUGUCCUAUUGGAGAAAAACUGUAGAAAUGUAUGUAAAAACUUUUAAAAAAGAAAAAAAAUUGUCAUUUGUCAUCAUCCCUUUUUUUAGCAGCUGCAUCAGGAAAAUAGUAUCUCCCCUUUCUUUCCUCCGUUGUGUAACAUUCUUGUUGUUUUCUACUGGUUAAUUACAUUGUGUAUUUAUAGUUCUAUGCUUACCAUUGUGCAUAUACUGGCAAUAAAAUGUACAUAACAUUA